CACGUCUCCGGAUUCUCCGGUCUGCGCGCAGCGUUCCAACGUGUUCGGCCAGUUCUACACUGUUAGGCGGUCAAAGGCCUCCGACUUAGAUCCCUACCACCGCUGAAAUCAGUCUACAUUGGCUCUCGAUAGACGACGCGCGAAGCUGGGAUCUUAGGGCUUUCAUCAUUGACAGACGGGCGUGGAGUGAAUGGAGUUCUUCUCGCAAACCUACAUCGCCCUUCGUGGGCCUACCGGCGCUCCUCAAUCUGCAACUGAUACCAUUUCAAGGCUUAGCGAUCGCCUGCAACCAUCCACGCUCCUCGCAGACCGACGCGCUGCUGUACUUUCCUUGAAGGGAUUAGCACGCGACUGGAAGCAAGACGUUGGCCAAACGGCGCUCCCCGUACUCCUCAGUGUCCUUCAAAAUGACGCAGAGAUCGACGCAGACAUCGCAAAAGCAGUCUUGGAGACGUUGAAGCAACUGUGCGACGUGGAGGAUGGGCCCAAGGAACUCGCCCUCAAGCACACGGAUGCGGUCCUUGCGAACGAGCAGGCUGUCAACAUGCUCUUUGCUUUGCUCGCCGACACGACAUUCUACACCCGAUACGCCACUCUUCAACUCUUAACGGCACUUCUCCAGAACAGACGUCAGGUUGUUCAGGGAUACUUCUUAAAGGCUCCAUCGGGUGCUACGAAUAUUAUUGCUAUCCUGGACGACAAGCGCGAGAUCAUACGCAAUGAGGCCAUCGCCAUGAUUCAAGCUCUCAUCGUACAAAGUCCCGACAUCCAGAAGGUCUUCGCUUUUGAGGGAGCCUUUGAAAAGCUUUUCAACAUUGUAUCCCAAGAGAACGGGGUGGAGGGCGGAGUCAUUUCGGCGGAUGCACUCCAGUGUGCAGAUGGCCUCUUGCGAUUCAAUACCUCCAAUCAGAGUUACUUCCGAGAGACAUCCCUUCCUGCGCUGUUAUGUUCCCUUCUGAUCUUCCCUCCGCAAUUGCGAAUGAACGAGGUCCCACCGCAAGAGUUUGCUCUUCAGUUUUGGGAUCAGCAGAAGUCUGCCAAUGUAUCCACCGUUCUCGGCAUCAUGGGCAUGUUAGUAGGAUCCAAGGGUAGUGGUGGACCAGAAACCGGCGCAUUCAUACGGUGCUUUAUCGAGCUCGCCCUCGCCUCUAACGCCCCCACGCAACUGAAAACGCAAGCACUUCGUCUCUUGCCCAUCAACUUGAAUUUUCCCCUUGCAGAGGUUGUACUCACGCCAUACAUCCCUGUUCCGGACACCAACGGCGAAGAGUGGGAUCGCUUAGAGCCUGCCUCCGCCCUCGACGUCCUCGUGGAACUUGCCCUGCAUGGUGAGUACAAUGGUCAAAAUGGGGGGAGACGGACGGUCUCUGCCCUCGAGCUUCGCAGUGUCGCUAUGGUGGUUUUCGAGAACUUCGUACGAAAGGACGAGAUCAAGCAAGCCAUCGUGCAAGGCAUGAUCCCACCAGAACCGCCGGUUCAGGCAUCGACCAUCUCACCCCUGCUUCACGCCCUCUGCCUCCCCCCUUCUACCCCGCCAAAUCUCGCCGAUGUAACCACCACGUACAUUGCGUCCAUCCUCUUUUCGCAUCUCCUUACCUCCUCUCUCCGGUCAAAGUCUCUCGCACGCUCGAUCAAGCCCAGCCCAGCCGUCCUCCAGACACCCUCACAGGGCGAUCAGUUCUUCGUCCCCGCCGAUGGAAGUACGCCUCCCCACCAACCAGAGGCUGACGAUGACGGCGAUGACGGACCCGAGACGGUUCUGCAGCUAUUGAGCGAAAAUCUAAGCUUGUGCUUCCUCUCGCGGUCACGUGCUGCGCAGGAGGAUGAACGGCAGGCGAGGGAGUGGGAUCGGUUAAUUGUGGGGUACCUGUGUUUGUUGUCGAGGUGGCUAUGGGAAGAUCCUAAGUCGGUCAGGGACUUUUUAGACGCGGGAAGCCUCAGUUCGUUGGUGGAGCCAAUCAACCAAAAUACGGAAGGCGACAGCCUCGUCCCUGGGCUUUGCGCAUUCCUCCUCGGUGUCUGCUACGAGUUCAACCGCGAGCCGGGCGAGAUUACGAGAUCGACCAUCAGUCCUAUAAUCAACCGCCUUAGUGUGGACGCGAUUACAGGGCAGAUGACGCGUCUGCGCGAGGACGAGCGGUUCAAGUCCGUCGGGCCAGACAGCAUGGUUUUCCCGACGCCCGUGCCCCAUGAUGUCGAGAAUGCCGGAGAACCGGAGGGCGAAAUGUGGUUUGACUGGGCAUUUGUGGACUUCUGGAAAUCGAACUACUACACCGUACAGAGAGGCCUUGGAAUGGAUCCCAAGACGCUCUCCGCCUCAGUGGGCCCCGACGCUGAGUCGUCGAUGCUGAUCAGCUCCCUUCGUGACGUGAUCCGAUCACAAGCAACCGAGAUUGAUGACCUCAAGGAGAAGCUGAAGGCAGCGUCGUCUCAGGAGGCCAAAGUUACUGAGAUGCAAUCGAAGAUCGCCGCGCUUGAAGCUCAGCUCUUGGAUGCAUCCUCCGCGCAGGGCAAGGUUGCCGAACUCGAGGUCAAAGUUGCAGAGAGCGCCUCUGCACAGAGCAAAAUCACGGAGCUCGAAGCCAAAGUUGUGGAAGCGACUCAGAAGCAGAAAGAUACCGAGAAGGAACAGGAAGAUCUGCUCGUGCUUCUUGACGAGAUGUCGACAAAGAGAAAGCGAGACAAGGCAAGGAUGGCAGAGAAGGGUUUGGAGGUAUCUGAGGACGAAGCAGAGGAUGAUGACGAUGACGACGAUGACGACGAUAGUGACGAGGAUGAGGACGAGGACGAGGAGUAGUUUUGUCUUAUGGGUACCCAUGGAACAAGGAGUCCGUCCUGUGCAAUGAACAUCGCUCUACAGGCGUGUGUAAUGGAAGUCUUGUAGACAUACGUACGCGAGCGAUCAGUUAGCAUGCUACACAAUGUGUAAACUAUGACAGAAUAUCGCGUAAUGGCUUCAGUGACACGCACGGACAGAGCUGAGGCGAGUAUUAAGAGGACCAUAAAUCGGCGUAAGUCCUACAACAGGAACACAAGAUGAAUGAGAGCAAAUCUGAUGACAAAUAACAAAAAGCAAGAGAUCCUGUGGUGGGUCAGUGCAGUGACGAGUACAGUAACAAUUGAAGUGAGGCGGGUCAGCGUAGCGACGGGUUGAGUACAAGUGAGUGAAUCGGAUGGUCAGAAGUACGGAUAUGAGGAUGAGAAGUCAGGGAGAGAUAUUCAUGUUAGAUGAUGAUCGUUAACCGAAAGGCUGACUAGCCCUGUGCGGUGUCAAAUUGUCGGAAUAAGCCUCCCAGAGCGCAAGACGAUCCUUCUCGGUACCGAUCAUCGCCGCGAAGUUGAGGACACGCCAGACGUCUUGGAAGUUGCUUGCGAGCCCGAGGCUAAUGCGGACCACGCCGAGUUCGUGGCCUACGUGCGCCUCAAAAUCUGAGAGUGUGACACCUUCGUACAGUGCUUCCAUGCCCCCCUGAAU